GGCACAAUGUCACAAGUGGAUAUAACUAAAGACAACGUGUGGUAUCAUUAUGAAAGAAUUUUGGAACAGUUUUUUCGAGCAAAGUGCAAGAUUUGCGAAUCAAGUAUGAUGUACAUUAAUACUAGAAAAUUAUCAAAGCAUUUAUAUAUAAAGCAUAAUAAAUAUUUCAUAUCAUUAGCAAACAAAAGACUAAAAGGAAAGCCGGAGAUAUAUUAUGACAAUGUUCAUUUACGAUGUCGUGUUUGUCUUGAACAUCUUCCGUCUCAAAAGUAUAACACUCACUGGCAUUCUGCGGACGAAAUUGCACGUUAUGAAACAUCCACAAAUAAAAUAGAAUUCUUUACACAAAAUAGUGAUUUUACAGUAAAGUGUAAAGUAGUGACAUGUAGCGAAACUAUAACUUUUUCUCUUUCUGCAACAAUGUACAAUCAUGUAAAAAGUAAAACACAUUUAAAGAAAUUGAGAAGUAUACAAACGGACGCAAUGUCUAUGCCACCGACUAUCGCAAAUAAAAGUGAACAAUUGCAAAAUUACAUAAUAUUGAGCAAUUUUCAAGCAAAAUGCAAAUCUUGCGAUUUUCAAGUAUGUUAUAUCGAUACUACAAACUUUAGUCUACAUGUAAGGGAGAGACAUGUAGAAGUUACUUCAUACGAAGAAAAAAACGGAAGAGAAUACCCGUGGAUAUAUUUCAAGUAUCAUGCUAAAUACACUUCACAAUGUCUUUACUGUCCAGAUGUCUUUUCACCGUCUCAGUUGCAGUAUUUGAAACUUCACUUAGAUUAUUGUCAUCCUCCCGACACACUCGCUUAUUAUCAGAACGACUAUGAUUGGGUGUGGAAGUACUGUAAAAAGAGUGGUGAUUUUGAGGUGCAAUGUAGUUUUUGUUUUACCGAAAUAUCUCUUGACGUUAAUUCGCAUUUUAAUCAUCAUACACAUCAUUUUAAAGACACACAUUGGCAGAAGCUAACAAGUACGCGAAGAACGUAUGACACAGCAGAACUGUCAGGAAGUCAACAAAACUGCAAAAAAGAUUAAUCUAAAAAUCAUGGGAAUAAUGCUAACGGCGUUCAAAUAACACGACAACCAGCACUUAUCGGCAGUCUUGACUUGGAUAUUCAAACAAUCUAUAAUAUCAAAAAGAAAUAAUAUAU